AUGAGUGAAAGUGAAAUCACUGACAUGGAACAACCCCGCAAUGGGAGCAAACUGGAAAGUAGAUCCUCGCGGUUCAUUGGACUUGGAGAAGCUAUCGAUACCAGUAUCCGCACCUACGAACAUACACCAGUGCUGAAUCCGCUCGGAACUUACAGUGUCACUGCUGCCGAUUUGUCCAAAUUGAGCAAUGAGCGUACUCGACAGGCAUUGAUUGAAAUUCUCAAAAAGGGAAUUGCUUCAUCCAAAGAAGGAAUGUCCGAAGAUCCCGAAGACCCUUCUGCUGUCAGCAAAAUGCACUCGGAUGCCGAUCAACUCAUUGACCAAAUGAAACUUGAUGAAGAAAACGGUCCCUUCUCAGAACAUUCUCCAGAGGAACGCGAAGCAGACAAGAAUGCCGACAUGGCGGCUAACAUUUUGACUUCUGUUUUGCUGAGAUCAAGCCCAGAGACCGGCAUUGAUCCUCGCGAAGUGCUCCACCGUAAAGCACUGUUUGGAGCCAACAGCAUUGAAGCAAAGAAAUUGGAUUCCUUCCUCAAGCUGUGUUGGGAGGCCGUCCAAGAUUUUGUCUUGAUCAUGUUGAUUGUCAUGGGAAUCGUUACGAUUGUUGUAGAAACAACUGUCCACGAUGGACCUUGUUCCAGUUGUUGGAUUGAAGGAACAGCCAUUCUCUUUGCCGUUGUGAUUGUGGUCCUCGUCACGGCUUCGAUUGAUUACGCCAAGCAAUUUGCGUUUAUUCGACUCACCAAGAGUCUUCACGAAACCAACACCAAAGCAGUUGUUCGAAAUGGCAAACAAUGUUCUAUCACUGAUGAUGAAAUUGUGGUGGGUGAUAUUCUCAGCGUGAAUAGUCACAACUUGGCCAGUAUUCCAGCGGAUUGUAUCUUGCUGGGACCAGUCUCGGAUCUUAAAAUGGACGAAUCCACUUUAACUGGUGAAAGUAAGGCAAUUGCCAAGAAACCAGGCGAUGUCAUCCUGAGUGGAACCAACGCCUCGGAAGGCUCGGGCAAAAUGGUGGUCAUUGCUGUGGGUGUCAACAGUGUGGCUGGAAAGAUCAAGGCAAGAGUUUACGAGUCGGACGAUCACGAUGAUGAUCUUGGAGGAGAGGAUGAAAACUCGCCCUUGUUUGUCAAGCUCGAUAAGAUUGCCAAGCAAAUUGGAAUUGGGGGAUCCAUUGCCGCACUGAUUGCUUUGAUUUCCAGUUGCAUUAUUGGAUUUGCAGUGGAAGGAGAACCCGCCGAGACAUUCUUGGAGUAUUUUGUGCUGAGUAUUACUGUGUUGGCUGUCGCCGUUCCAGAAGGAUUGCCCCUAGCUGUGACCUUGGCGUUGGCCUUUUCUUCCAACAAAAUGAUGAAGGAACAAAACUUGGUCAAGCAUUUGGAUGCGUGUGAAACAAUGGGUUGUGCUACCACCAUUUGUACCGACAAGACAGGUACACUGACUGCCAACAAGAUGACGGCGCGAGCACUCUAUACGAGUGAAGAGAAUAUUGUGUUGAGUGAUCCCAAUGUAAAGUUGGGGGAUCACAUCAAGGCAUUGCAUACCAUUCCAAAAGAUGUCAAACAAUUAUUGGCCAAUCUCAUUUCUAUUGAUACCAUGAAUGAAACAGUGCUCUAUUUCAAGGGCGACGGAUCUUUGGAAGGGGCACAAGGGAAUCCAACCGAAGUGGCGCUGCUUACGAUGGUGCAUGAUAUGGGAUUCAAUUACGAAGAGAUCCGGGACUAUACCAAGGGACGUAGUUCGGUGGGAGCCAUUGGUGAAUUUUUGGAUAAGGGGAAAUUAAUUGGAUUUUCGUCGGCUCGCAAAAUGAUGAGCUGGGCUGUGCCUCUGGAGAGUGGUGGGUAUCGCAUAUAUUGUAAGGGUGCCCAAGAAGUGAUUUUGUCGCGAUGCAAUCAAUUUGUGGCGCACGAUGGAAAUGCCAAAGAAAUGUCCGAGGGAACUCAAGAGCAAUUUGCCAAGAUUUCACAGCAAUAUGCUCGACGUGGUAUGCGCUGCUUGGCGUUGGCGUAUGCAGACCUUCCGGAUGGUUUUGAUUUAGAUAAAUUGUCCCAGACGGUGAAGAAUGCAGAUGGGAAAGCUGCGUUGGAAGCCGAAACCAAUCUGAUUGCUCUUGGGUUGGCCGGCAUUGAAGAUCCAUUGAGACCAGAGGUUCCUGUUGCGAUUGAAAAAUGCUACCUCGCAGGAAUUGACGUCCGAAUGGUAACGGGUGAUAACGCCAACACUGCUGUUAGUAUUGCCUACCAUGCCGGUAUCCUACGUGACUUUCACUUUCGUGAUGACACUGACGAAAAGGUUGCUGACAACCUGAAAGAAAAUGUUCUCAUGACGGGACAAGACUUUCGAAAGGCUGUCUACGACGAAACUGGAGAAGGAGGCAAGAAAGAAUUCAAUCAAGCUCAUUUUGAUAAGAUCUGGCCACACUUGAGAGUUUUGGCUCGUUCUUCGCCUGAUGACAAACUGACGUUGGCUCAUGGUCUGAAUCAAUCGACUUUAUUUGCGGACACGGAGACUUGUGCCAAGCUAUUGAAGGAAGACGGUAUUAAGAUUUUCCCUGACAGACAGGUCAUUGCCAUGACCGGAGAUGGUACCAACGAUGCCCCUGCACUCAAAAGAGCGGACAUUGGAUUUGCCAUGGGUGUUGCUGGUACACAAAUUGCCAAAGAUGCUGCCGAUAUCAUUCUAUUGGACGACAAUUUUGCGUCCAUCGUCACCGCCGCAAAAUGGGGCCGAAAUGUGUACGCAUCAAUUCAAAAAUUUCUUCAAUUCCAGCUUACUGUCAACAUUGCUGCAGUCAUUACAGCUUUGGUUGGUUCCUUUUAUGUUCAAAAGAGUCCACUGGCUGCGAUUCAGCUGUUGUGGGUCAACUUGUUGAUGGAUGCCUUGGCAAGUCUUGCCCUGGCGUCAGAACCUCCAGUUGACGCCUUGCUGGAAAAGCCCCCAGUGAACCGAUCUGAUUCCAUGAUUACGAAGCGAAUGUGGGCCAAUAUGUUGGGUCAUGCUACGUAUCAAAUCAUUGUAGUCAUGGUGUUGUUGUUUGAGGGACCAACGAUUCUGAAUAUUAUCGAUGGUCACAUAAUGGAACGACAGUUUGGGGAAAACUCAUAUCAUUACACUCUCAUUUUCAAUGCGUUUGUUUGGAUGCAGCUGUUCAACGAAGUUAAUUGUCGAAACCUGAAGGGCGAAUUCAAUGUCUUUUCUGGAAUACAGAAUAAUGGUCUCUUCUGUGGCAUUCUGGUCGUUACUGCAGCAUUGCAAGUGCUGAUUGUUCAAUUUGGGCGUGAAGCCUUUAGUGUGAAAACGGGUGGUUUGGACAGUAGAGGAUGGAUUAUCAGCAUAUGCUGCGGAGUUGGAUCUCUUCCAGUCCAACAGAUUAUCAAUGUCACCUAUGCCGUGGGUAUGAAAUUCAACGGAUUCCGCCUCGACAAGAGAGUAAAACGAGAUGCCGCACUUACGGUCCGACGCAACGAUUCAAGCCCCAAGUCAAAACGGGAGUGA